AUGUUUUCGUCGUGGUGGUGUGCCUUUUUGGGCGUUGCAUCUGUGUUUGCAACUGACUAUUUCGUAGAGAAAUUCGACGACGGUGGUAAAUGGACUGAGAGAUGGGUGCAAUCGAAGCAUAAAGACGACUAUGGCGCCUUCAAACUGACUGCCGGAAAGUUUUAUGGCGAUGCCGAAAAAGAUAAAGGAAUCCAGACGUCUCAAGAUGCCAGAUUUUAUGAACUGUCAGCAAAAAUACCGAAACCUUUUGGAAACGAAGGGAAGGAUCUAGUCAUUCAGUUUACCGUUAAGCACGAACAGCGGAUCGAUUGUGGCGGUGGGUACAUCAAACUGCUUCCGGCUGACGCUGAUCUUGAGAAAUUUAAUGGCGAUACACCGUACUUCAUUAUGUUCGGUCCAGACAUAUGUGGCCCAAAGAAAAAGGUCCAUGUAAUCUUCAACUAUAAAGGAAAGAAUCAUCUGAUCAAAAAGGAAAUUAGCUGCAAGGAUGACGAAUUCACUCAUCUGUAUACGCUGAUUGUUAAGCCCAACAACACAUACGAGGUUUUGAUCGAUAAUGAAUCUCAGGAAAAAGGUAACCUCGAAGAUGAUUGGGAUUUUCUGAAGCCAAAGGAAAUAAACGAUCCAAAUGCGAAGAAGCCACAAGAUUGGGUCGACGACGAAUACAUAGAUGAUCCAGAUGAUAAAAAACCAGAGGACUGGGAUAAGCCUGAACACAUCCCUGACCCGGAUGCCAAAAAGCCUGAUGACUGGGAUGACGAGAUGGACGGCGAAUGGGAACCUCCACAGAUAGAUAAUCCAGACUUCAAAGGUGAAUGGAAACCGAAACAAAUGAAGAACCCAGCAUACAAAGGUCCUUGGAUACAUCCAAAAAUCGCGAACCCAGAGUACAUGCCAGACGAUACAUUGUACAAAUACGACAAUAUCGGUGCUGUUGGUUUUGAUCUGUGGCAGGUUAAAUCAGGAACUAUCUUCGAUAAUAUAAUAAUUACUGACGAUCCGGAAAGAGCUAAGUCGUUUGGUGAAGAAACGUGGGGUAAAACAAAGGGUCCUGAAAAAGAAAUGAAAGAGAAACAGGACAAAGAGGAAGAAGAAAAAAUGAAAGCUGAAGCUGAAAAAGAAAAAGCCAAAGACAGCGAAAAGGAAGAAAAAGAUGAAGAUGACUUAGAAGAGAAGGAAAAGAAAGAUGAAAAAGAGAAAUCGGAAGAAGAGGAGCAUAAACAUGCUGAUGAGCUCUGA